AUGCCCGUAAACGGCCGCCUGUACGACUAUGGCAAAUGGAUCGUCGACUUUAAUGGCAGCGACCAUGCCACCACCGUGCCUGGUAUACUAGAAAACCGGAUUGGCGAUGUCGGGGAAGUCAGGCUGCCUGUCUGGAUUCCCGACCCUACUUCAGACAACGCCAACGAGAUGAUCCUCAACCUCCUCCUCCAAGGCGUUGUGUUGGACACAAACGAUGGGAGCUCUCGCAUAUCGGCGCGCCGCCUGGAGGAAUAUGGCUGGUAUCCGAAGACGAAGCCGGAUCGACAUGGCCGGUCUGUCAUGCAGUUCAAGAACUACCAUGGACACGUACAGUUCCAGGCUAUGUGGGACCAUAACUUCUGGGGCCACGGACGGGGUGAAUGGAAAGUCCAGACUCAAGGCCGGUAA